CACUCGUGCGUCCCCAUGGCUCUCCCUGAUUUCCCUGAGCUCAUCUCGUCGUCUUCUCCGACGCAUCGCCACGGUUUACUCCUCGACCGGUCCUACCCAGAUCGCGACGGCUCAAUCCUUUCCUUGAAUCACGAGGAGGUCGAUUUCGAGGCGGCCCUAGCGGAGGCGGAGGCGGAGGCGGCUGCGGCAGAGGCCGCGGCGGAGGCUGCUGCAAGGGCCGCCGCUGCCGCCGCCGCCGCGGCUCGUGAGAAGCGAGCCAAGGCGCGCCUGGCUGCCGCAGAAGCCGCCAAUUCAAAGGCGCUGCAGAUAGCGGCAAAUUCAAAGUCGCCGGCAAUGUCGGCGGCGCCGACGCCGACGCUGCCGCCUGCACCGGCUGCACCGGCGACGCCGCCGCAGCCGCCUGCACCGGCUGCACCGGCGACGCCGCCGCCACGGGCUGCGACGUCGGACGCACCGCAGGCUCCGGUGCGAGUGCCAGCGCUGCCCGGCGGCUGGGUGAUGGAGGCGCAGCGCGUGAGCGUGUGCCGGCUGGAGGAGCUGGCAGAGGCGCACGACGCAACCCAGUGCGGGAGCGAGGAGUGGGUGGCGGCCAAGCACGCGCCGCUGUUUGCGCAGGACAGCGCGCUAAUGUUUGGGCACUACGACGCCAAGUUGCGCUGCGACGGCCUCGUCGCCGAGAUCCAGCUCACGCCCACGCCCGACCGCUCCUCUUCCCGGCGCUCCACCUCGACCUCCUCGCCCGCGUCGCCCUCCUCGCCCCCGCCGACUCCGGGCUGGGCCGACGACGUCGACGACGACUGGGCCGCCACCAGCGCCUCGCCUCUGGGAGGGGAGUGGAGCCGCGUGCUCCGCGUCUCGGUCUCCUGGCGGCGGUACGAGCUCGUCCUGCUGACGCAGCGGGACGCGUCCGGCUGCGAGCUGGCUCUGACCCGCCCCCGCCGCGUCCGACUCCGCGUGCUCUCUCGUGCCGAGCUGUGGGACUGGGUUCAGCGCUUCCCGCCCACGCUGGUCGACCCGGCGGCAUGUGCGGCACUCGCGAAGACAGAGCCGGACGCGUCAAAGGCGCAGAGGCUCCGCCUCGCCGCCGCGUACGUGUCGUCGCGCCCGCCAGCCCUUGACUCCGUCCGGCCCUGCUUUGCCUGAGGCUGAAGCCCGAGCGGCGGUUGGGUAGCCGUCUCUCGUCAUGCCCGACACACCCACAAGCAUGAACCAUGAUGCGGCGAUACCUUUCUUUUUAGUACGUGUACUUUUCGCUUACUGGGAGCACAGGGUCUCUCCUUUUUGUAUGUAUGUUUUUUGUUAGGUUAGGUUAGGUAGGAAGGUGAAGAACCCUCGGACUGGAC